AUGGAACUCAACCAAGCUCAGUGCAGAGCUCUUGGAAUCAACGCCGGUUUUAUUAUCUUCAUAAUCAUCAUUAUGGGAAUGCAAAUGUGGGCAAGGCUUGUCAUCACGAAGGCUAUUGGCCUCGGCGACAUCAUGAUGGCUUUUGGAACACUGACGACAAUUGCUUUGUCUAUCACCGUAAUGAUUUCGGUCGUUCGCGGUAUUGGGAAGAUCAGGAUAGACAUUCCAGCAGAGGCUUGGGAGCCCAUGCUUCUAUCAUUUUGGGUCUCUCGCUUACUGUAUGCAAUCGCCAUGGUGCUCGUCAAGGUCGCCCUGCUUCUGUUCUACUUGCGCCUUGAUGAUCGACUACUCAUGAGAUGGGCGGUCCAUAGCCUCACAGUGGUUGUCAUUGGCAUGGGCGUGGGGCACUUUGUCAUGUCUGUUGUCGAGUGCAGUCCACCGGAGGUCUUUUGGACAUCGAGAGGAGACCGCAUGAUCUAUAUGCAACAAUGCAUGGCGCAAUCCAAACAACAAGCAUUUUGGGAUGCUGCCGGUAUUAUCGUCAUUAUCACGGAUAUAUGUCUUUGGAUCUGCCCGAUCCCUAUGAUUUGGAAUCUCCAGCUUCCAAAGCGACAAUAG